AUGACUGAGGAAUACUCGGUGAAGGACCUGUGGUCUAUUGAUAUGCUGCCAAAGAGUGACCGCUGGGACUGGCUCAGUUACAUGAGAAUGCUAUUCAAGACCGAGACGAGGGUCGUAGGGACCACAUUUAUGUACGUGGAGGAUCCCUCGUUCUUCUCUCGCGUGAGCACCAUAUUCGACACGGAUAACUAUCAGACUGCCAUCGCGAACUACGUGGGCUUCAAAGCCAUGGUCACGUUUUCGCCGUUCCUGCCAUCCGAUUACCGACUGCUGUACGAAUUCAGUCACGGCUACAACAUCCAGCAUAUAGACGCCCAGCUCGCGACAUGCAGCUUCCUUCUUGAGAAGAUGUACCGCUAUGGCGUCGGUGUGGCUGCCAAGCUCACGUCCAGCAAGGAAUUCGCCAGCGUAUACAGGACGCACAACGAUGACCAGUUUGCCGCGUUGUUCAACGAGACGCGGACGGUCGUGCGCGACCUCCUGCAGUCGGGUCGCUCCUGGUUUUCACGCGAGGACAUCAAAACGGUUCAGCGGAAGCUGGACGCCAUGGCGCUGGUCUUCGGCACGCAGGCAAACUUCGUCCAGUACGAGGGCUACCGCCAGACUCCAGCGCUGGCCCUGGAUUCUAAGAGCAGCGUUCUGGACACUGUGUUUUCUAUCUUUUCCUACGCGUCUUCCACAUACUGGGACGCUCUCGCCGCUGGUGGCGCUGUAAGGACGACGGCAGCCUACGACAACGUCUACACGACAUCCAUCUUUAACUGGGGCAGCGAGUACCAGCCUACCAACAACUUGGUGUUCGUUCCCAACGGCGUGGUUGGAUUCCUCGGCACAAUAUCGAACAAGAUUCCGUUCCAGCUAUACCCAGCCGUUCUGGCGCACGUAGUUAGGCCUGUGCUGAGCGCGCUUGUACGUAGUAACUCGCUCUUUGACGAACGCAUGGUGCCGCGGAAGUGGUGGAGCUCCGAGUCCGUCGGCGCGUAUGAGAACGUCACCCAGUGCCUGUGGAGGCAGUACGAGGCGGCAGGGCGCUCUGACGAAGGAUCUGGAGCUGACUCACGCUCUUCUGGCAGGUUCAGUACAGCACGCCUAGAGAGCGACUUCUUAGACAACGCCGUGCUCCGACCCUUGUACGAGUUGUACGAGAGAGCUUUGGAGAGAUACAACGCAACGCGGAUGUACUACCGGCUACCCGAAUGGCGCGUUACAUCGAAGGAGCUCUUCUUUUACAACUACGCUUCCGCCUUCUGCGACGGUGCAGACAAAGCGACCAGAAAGCUCCAGCGCAGUCUGGCGAUGACACCGGCUAAGCUGCGCGUCAAUGUUCCUCUCAGCAACUUUCCUCCAUUCCUCAAAACGUUUUCGUGCCCAAAAAAGAACACUCAGCUGCCGCGGUGCGAGGUGUGGCAGGGCUUCGACUGA